GCCAGACACGCAGCCACUGAACCACAAGCAGCUUCGCUUUAACUGGAGUGCCUGAGAGUCGCGUGCCGGGAGCCGCACCGCCGGGGACUGACUGACAGACAGACACGCACCACCACCAAAACACACGAGACCCAGGCGGGUCACCGCGGCCGCCGAGGCUCUUGGCAACCUCGCGGGUAGGAGAGGUCCCCCGCGGAGCGGCGCCGCAGUAGCGCCAGGUCCGCAGGGUUCCAACCCGCAGAAGGCGCGGCGCUGUGCUCCGAGCUGCGCGGAGAAUCGCAGCACAGGCUAAAGUAAUAGCGACGCUGAGGCACAUUUAGAGAGCCAAGUAAGAUGUUCGUCAAGUCCGAGACCUUGGAGUUGAAGGAGGAAGAGGACGUGUUGGUGCUGCUCCGCUCGGCCUCCCCCGCCUCAGCAGCUCUGACCCCGCUGUCUUCCAGCACAGACGAGGAGGAAGAGGAGGAGCUGCGCUCGUCGGGCGGGGCGAGUCGGCCGCGUGGAGCAGAGGCCGGGCCCGGGGCGCAGGGCCGCUCGCCGGGAGGAACAGAGGUCUGCCGACCCGCGCGGCUACUGGGUCUGGUGCACGAGUGCAAGCGGCGCCCCUCCAGGGCGCGGGCAGUUUCUCGGGGCGCCAAAACUGCCGAGACAGUGCAGCGCAUCAAGAAGACCCGUAGAUUGAAGGCCAACAACCGCGAGCGCAACCGCAUGCACAAUCUCAACGCGGCGCUGGAUGCGCUGCGCGAGGUGCUCCCCACUUUCCCGGAGGACGCAAAGCUCACCAAGAUUGAGACCCUGCGCUUUGCCCACAACUACAUUUGGGCGCUCACAGAGACCCUCCGCUUGGCCGACCACUGCGGGGGCGGCGGCGGAGGCCUGCCGGGGGCGCUCUUCUCCGAGGCAGUCUUGUUGAGCCCGGGAGGCUCUAGCGCCGCGCUGAGUAGCAGCGGAGACAGCCCUUCGCCUGCCUCCACGUGGAGCUGCACCAACAGCCCCGCGCCGUCCUCCUCCGCAUCCUCCAACUCCACCUCCCCCUACAGCUGCACUUUAUCUCCUGCCAGUCCGGCGGGUUCAGACAUGGACUAUUGGCAGUCCCCACCUCCCGACAAGCACCGCUACGCAUCUCACCUCCCCAUAGUCAGGGACUGUAUCUAGAGCUCUGCUACACACGCCAGGCUUUAGUGGGUACCCUUUCCUGCCCUCGAUCAAGCCCUCCUCCCACCCCUUUCCUGCCCCGCGCUCCAUGCCCUAGAAACCGUCUCACUACUCAGAGCAGGUGUAGCCGUUCUAGUUCCUCAGCUGUUUGUUGCAUUCCUAGGCUAAAGGCUUCCUUCAUUCAGACAGGCUCCCUAAUUUAUUGGUAUGAUGGAGCUUACUGUCAAAGAAAAUAGUAGAGGUGCGGGGGGAGCAUUUGUUAAGGCUAACAAGAUGCCGGGAAGAGAUGAAGGGGGCUUGUCUAAAGAGUUCGCAGAGCCGACCGACGCCCCUCCCCUCUCUCGGAGCAGUUCGUGUGAAUCUCCCAGGGGGAAUGCAACUGGUUCCUGUGAUCUCUUCACCUUUGCUUCUACAUAGAGAUGUUAAUGUCGAGUAGAAAGAAAUGUAUCUUAGCAUCUGAAUGAUUUUACUGGUAAUAAUAUUAUCCACUGAUUUGCAAUGGCUGGCAUCUGCUUUCUUCCCAGUGCUGUCUGCGGGCUGUGGGAAUUUCACCUGUCAAACCAAACUUUCCCUCUCUGAUGUGCACUUUGUUCUGUUUCCCAGAUUCGUCACAAUGCCUAUUGUCCCGCCCUUCUCUUUCCUUUUUCUUCUCCAUUUUGCCAUCUGUCUCUUAUGAUUUAUAAGGGGGAAAAAGUUGUUUUGUUAGAGGGCCAGGUUAGAAGUCAUUGUAUAAUUUGUAGGCUUUGUAAUGAUUGAAUGCAAGCGUGGAAAUUUAGGCUGAACUCUCUAUCAAAAGGAAAAAUGUGGAGGAAAAGGGAAAAAUCAGGAGGGAGGACUGCUUCAUGCAUUAUUUAUCUCGACCUUUUAGGGGAGAAGGAACUCCCCCAUUCUUUCAAGAGAUUAAAAAUAAAUCAACAGACUGAAAACCUAAGCAGACACGGAGCAUUAUCAGAAUCAGCCACACACGUGUUUCCUUCUAUUUAUUAUAAAGAAAAAUUUCAUGGGAAAAGUAUGUAUUUUUUGUAUAUUCUACAGAGUUUAUUCUAGUAUGUAUUUACAUAUUGGAAGAACAAGAAAAUUGUUCUUGUGAUUAAGCUAUAAAUAAAGUAUAAUUUUCAUAA